AUGCCUGCCAUGGACGAUCAUAUUUCUAUUAUUCCUUCGCCAAGAUUUAAAGAAAUUUUGUUUGAGUUUAAAGAAGGUGAAGACACUCCCAAGAGUAUCAGGGAAAAAUUAGUGGCUGAAGAAGAUUCUGACAAGGAGAUGAGCUUAACCACUGAAGAAGUGGAAUGGUGCCACACCAAAAUCAGAGAAUGUAAUAAGUCUGAGAGGAUCCACGAACUGCUUUCUGAGAGUCGGAUCAUCUUGCCUAAAUAUGAACCUCCACCCCGUAGCCCAGAGCUGGAGGCUCGUGUCCAGAGGCUCCGCUUUGAGCAGGAGAACCAGGAAUACAGGAAUAUGACCAGAUCAGUAGAUGCCUCAUAUCAGAGGGAAAACUUGGGUCUGGGGGAAAUUGGAAAAGACAUCAGAACUGUUAAUCAACACAUUAUUUCUGGGAUGCAGUAUCUCCUGUCUGUUGUUGGCACAUUUUUUGCUAUUUUUAUAGGAGUGGGCAUGGUCACUCCAGACUAUGGUGUAAGAGCCUUGGCAGCUACUAUAGCAGCAGUCGCUGUGGGCUUGGCUGAGCUGUUCUUCAUCAUCAGGGAGGAUGUUAAAAAGGAAAACAAAAUUAAAAAGGAAUAACAAAUUUUAAUUUUGCCAGCAGCAUUACAGUUCACAAUUUGUGAAUCAUGAGAUAGUCAGUCAGUCACUACUAAACAAGUUAAAACAAAUUAUGAUGGACAAUCAGCCACAAGUACACAUGUAUUUCUUCAGUGUUCUGGUCCCUCCAUACCAUGUCAAGGCCAAGGCAAUGUCUCCCCCCAUGCUGGUGCUUCAAGAAGUAUUAAGGUAGUAUUUGGUUUACCAUAAGAAACAGUAUUGACUACUAUACACUGUUAUACAAAGAAGGGAAAUAUUUUAUAGAUGCAAAUGUUCAAAUUAGGUCUGCUGCAAGGAAACCUGGCAUGAACAUAUUUGUGUCUGUGCUCUUGUGUCUCAUGUAAAUGUGUCCUGAAAGGCAGAAACAAAGGUGGUGAGUUUCAAUGAUCAGUGUCAUAAGCAGUGGUCUCUGGAUAAUUAAAUUACAGUCCUCAUAAAUGAGUUGGACCCCUUGGGUGCAAAGUGCAUCCAAAACAGUAAUCACACAAUGCUGUGAAAGUUUUGCUGAACUCAGGUAAUUUGUUAUCUGGUAGUACCUGGCAACUCAGGUAGCAUAGACAGGACUCCUGUGUUGCCCACACCCUUAUGCUUACUUGGUAAUGGAUGAAGGUAGAUGCUUGUUGACCUCCAGUUUUACACUGCCUUGUUUUCCUUACCUAGUUAUUACAAGCCUACAAACCUCAUCCUUACAUCCAGGAUGGAUCCUAAAUCAUUCACAGAUGCAGAAAAAGGUCAUAUUCUAACCCUAAAGGAAUAAGUCACCUUUUCUGAAAUAUGCAAGCAAUAUGGAUGUUGUUGGAUGAACAUAAAAGGCUUCUUACAUCACAGGAGUAGCAUCUGCUCUUCCUGAGUUGCCAGGUACUAUUGGAGAACAAAUUGCCUAACUUGUAAAAUUUUAAUGGCAUUGCAUGACUACUAUUUUGCAUGCACUUUGUGUCCAAAGGGACUUUGUUUCUGGCAACUGUACACUCUCUCUCAUUCCAGCUCAAUUUCUCUUAUUACAUGAGGAAUGUGCCUGUCCUCAGUAAGAGAGAGAGAGAAUAAAAUCACCUCCUCUCCUUUAGUGACUAAAAUAACAACUAAACUCUCAAUGAUUCCUGCCAAGUCAUUCAGACUAUAUGUUUUGUUAAAGAAUCACUUUUCAAAUGUACCAACAUCUUAUAACAAGAGUGUAUCAGAAAGAGAGAGAGUUGCAGAAUGUUGCUACCUUAUACAUCUCUCGUAACAGUAAGUAUGACUAAGUGCACUAGAAAAUACUGGCACACUACAGCUUCCUUGUGUGGAGCAUCAACUAAGGGUUCCAAUAAGCCAAACAUUUUGUGCGAUAUCACUCCUGAGUGUAAAUAUAAUUUACUAAGACAUCUAUAUUUAUGUGUGAUAUAACCUGUGGGUGUAAAUAUUUUAAGUUAUUGUAUUAGAGGCUGUGUUUGAUAUAGUACUUCUGUGUCAAGUCAUUCAGUUAUUGCAUUUCUUAUUAUGAGCAUCAUAGUUAAGAGCUGUCAGAAAUAUAUUCCCCAUAUAAAAGUGUCCCCUCAACAAA